AUGACUUCAGUGCUGGGCAUAGCGCUGUUGACUUUGGUCCUAUCAGGGUCCACGGUGGCCUUUGUCCCCAUCGGGGGUGGGGCGUCCACUCAUGUCAGCAUUACAGGAACGGCUCUAUUGCAAAAGGUGACGGAGACAUGUCGGGUGGUGGCAGAGGAGGAAGGUCACGAGUUCAAACCCACGGGUUCGUCUCCCGAAGAGCUGGUCCAGGCCUGUCUAGGUCCCAAAGCAACAGGAAAAGUAUCUGGUGCCAAGUUUCACUCUGCUCUUCAAGAGAUCUACACCCAGAACGGACUGGUAGACCGCGACUUUGUCAACAGUGCUCCACACCACUUCAACUCAGAGGCCUUUGUGGAGGGACGUUCCCUAAUUAUUGAGGGUAUGGCGGCCAUAAAGGCUAACAUUCGCAAGGAGAACUUCCAGGCUGCUAGGGAAACACUGGGCAGAAUCCUUCAUACACUGCAGGACUUCUACAGCCACACUAACUGGGUGGAGCUGGGCUACACAGAGCCAUACAUCAACCUCAUACGCCCAGACCUUGCUCUGGAAAACCUGGCAGGUGUCGACACCGCCACCUGCAGUGACUGUGCCAGUGGGACAUGCCUCAACUCCAUCCUCCCCAACAUCCUGAAUGAAAAGAAACUCACAUCAGGCUACAUGGGGAUCUUCUCCUCUGCCAAGCCCAAAGGUAAAUGUAGCCAUGGAGGGGCAGCUGAUCUGACAAGCACAGCUGAUCCUCGUGGAGGGAUCAGCAAAGACGAGCGCCGCUCGGACAACUUGGCCCUCCACAACAGUGCUGUGAAGGAAGCCACAGCCGCCAGCCUCCAGCUGCUGCAGGACAUCCGCUUAGCUGCCGGGAACAACGACUUUCUGAGAAUGAUGGGGAUCGCCCGCUCAGCUGUCGUGUGCUUUGUUAUUGACACCACCGGCAGUAUGUCUAUUGACAUCCAUGCAGCGAGGGAGGUUGUUUAUGAAAUCAUUGACAGCAAAAAAGGAACGCAGGACGAGCCAUCAGAGUACAUUCUGGUGCCCUUCAAUGACCCCGGCUUUGGACCUAUGGUCAGAACAACAGACCCUGAUAAGAUGAAAAGCGAAAUCUCUAAGCUCACAGCAUCAGGAGGUGGCGAUCUCCCUGAGAUGUGCCUGUCAGGACUUCAGUUGGCUCUCACCGGUGCCCCUGCCUCCUCCCAAAUCUAUGUUUUCACUGAUGCCGUAGCCAAAGACAUCGGCCUCAAGGACAGUAUUGUUGCUCUCAUCAGGACCACCAAGUCAACGGUGUCAUUCUUCAUGACCUCAGCCAUAAAGAGGCGCCGGCGUUACUCCAGAGCUGCCACCUUUGAGGUCUACAAGGACCUAGCUUUGGCCUCUGGAGGCCAGGCCAUCCAGGUGACCAAGAAGCAGUUGUCUGAGGCUACAAGCAUCAUCCUCGACACCUCCACUUCAGCUCUGGUGACAGUUCUUCAGCGAGCGAGGAGCCCCGGGAAGCAGGAGACCUUCCCCUUCAUGUUGGAUGAAUCUCUGAAAAAUAUCACCAUCUACCUCACAGGAACAGCCAUUACUUUCACGCUGACCAACCCUGCAGGUGUGAGUCAGAGCCAGAGUGAGGCCAGCGGAAAGCUGGGAACCCUAAAUACAGUGGGAAACCUGUGGAGAAUUCGUGUCGACGCUGACAACCAGAGCGGAACCUGGCAGAUCAACAUCAACUCCAAGCAACCAUACACACUUAAAGUCACAGGCCAGAGUACCAUUACCUUCAUCUAUGACUUUGUGGAAAGCUUCAAGGGACCUCACCCAGGUUAUGCAAUAAUCAGUGGGCGUCCACAAGCAGGCCAGCCUGCCACUCUGAUGCUCUCAGUGCUUGGUAGGAAAGGUCCGUCCUCGAUGACCAUAGGAGAAGUUGCCCUGGUAACUUUGUCCAGUCCUGAGACCGUUAGCAAUAGCACAACAACUGACAUGGGCAGCGGAAACAUCCUGGUGACUGUUAAUGCAGUACCUGAAGGGGAGUUUGUGGUCACUUUGAAAGGAACUGACAAAGUGUCAGACAGUAAAUUUCAGAGGCAAUCUACCACCCAGAUGUCCAUCUCCAAAGUCAAUAUCCAGGCUGUGGUAGACAGCAGUGUGAGGCCAGGAGAAGCCUUCAAGCUCACCUUCAGUGUCCUGACCCAGGGCUCUGGUGGUCAAUACAAAAUCAAUGCCAGAAAUGACAGAGACUUCCCCAUGACCGUACCAUCCCGUCUCACCUUGACAACUGGAGAACACACUAACUCUACCAUGACUAUUACGCCACCUGCCAACACACCAUCAGGCACUGACGUCACUCUGACUCUGGACGCCAUGUCGUCCAGUGGUGCCGACUCCAAUUACAUCGUUUUGAGAUUCUCUGUUCUUACCAAGAUUACAGAUUUUGUUCAGCCUUUGUGUGAAGUGGUGAAUGUGCUGGCUGAUGAUUGCCCUGCGGAUGUUUCUCAGUGUGAACCUUUCAAGUGGGAGCUCUCAGCCCAACUGACCGAUGGAAAUGGCACCGGGAUAGAGAGCAUCAGCUUGUAUCGGGGCAGUGGAAACCUCAGCACCACCUCCCUAAGCACUCACUUCAUUCAGGCCAACUACAUAGCCUCCUGCUGCUCACAGAUCGUUGAGGUUGUGGCUCUAGAUAAAGUUGGAAAUGUGGGCAAGUGCUACCAUUCCAUUGUACACUCUGCUGGCCCUCCCGCUUUAACCAUGUCGCUGUGGUUGUGCCUGCUGGUAUCUGCGCUUGUAACAAGGUUUUAA